ACACAUGUCUCCACAUGCACACACACACACACACACACAUGUGACUCCACAUACACACAAACAUGAGCACACACCACAUACUGAUAAAAAAUGUUGUUAGUGGGAAUCACAGACAAGAUUUGAGGUUUGGGAGAGUCCAGGAGUGAGAAAUGACCCAGGGUUUGGGGCCUGAGAGCCACUCCCUGAAAUGAAGAGCCUGUGGGCUUGGCAGGCUGCAGGGAGGAGGGAGAGAGCUGAGAUCCACAAAUCUGGGAGAUCCAGGAGCUUCUACUGAACUGGGACCUGUGGCAAACCUGGGAGGCCCCACUUUAGAGAUAAGUUCAGUAAGGCUCAGAAAUGAGUCCUGACUCAGGAGGCGGGACCUCUGCCGGCCUGGCUUGACACACCCCGCGUCCCCCAACCCCGGUCCAGGCAUCUGCACAGACUUCACAACAGGAAAUAAGCUGAAUAAUAUUGAACCUCCACUCCAGUGUUCAGAGGAAGAGCAUCUGCGCAGACUCUGAUGCCUGGCUUCCUGGAGGAGCCAGAGUCUCUUUCACUUUCGCAGAAGAUGGUUUCCAGCUGAGGAGCCUUGGCCAGGGACGCACAUGUCAGUGAGCCCCGUAGAAGAGGAGGCUCUCCGCCAUCAAUCCUGAUCACACACCCUUUCCUGGAGCAGAAAUGGCCAUCAGAGACAAGGAUGCCCUGGCCUCCUGUUUGGAGCAGCAACAGAAGGGAGAAGUGAGGCAGGACCAGUGCGAGCUGCACAGCCAAGCAUCGUCUGAGAGCUCUGUCACCAUGGAAGAAGCUCAGCCCAAGAAGGUGGAUGGCACCAAGGAGGCUCAGCAUAAGGGUCAACAGGUCUUGGACCCCACCCAUGACAAGAGGAAGCAGAUGGACCUGGAGCUGCAGGAGAUCAAAUCUGAGGCAGAGAAGGACUUGAUGCUAAGCUCAACAAUCACACCGUAUGUGGAUGAUAGUACCUUUGAAACCUCCUUACAUCUACUGUACACAAGUAUUAGAAAAGUGGAAUGCCUUCUGAUAUCAGGCUCAAGAUUCACAACCUACAUAGGUGUCACUGCCUUCCAAAGCUCCAUAAAGCUACUGAUAUCAAGCCUCAGAAAUCUGAGACACAUUCUGAUGUCAGACUCAGGAACUACAUGCUACAUGGAUCUCACUCUCAUCACAAGCGCCUUACAACUACUGAGAUCAGAACUUAAAAAAUUGAGACGAACUCUAAGGUCAGACUUAACAAUCAUGCUGGACGUGGAUCCCACUACACUCCAUAAAUCCUUACAACUACUGGAUUCAAGUCUUGAAAAGCUGAAUGAAAUUUUGCUGUCAGGAGGUACAAUGACACCUUUCGUCUAUCGCAGUACCCUCCAACUCUCUUUACAACUACUGAGCUCAAGCUUGGAAACUCUGAGACAAACUCUGAUGCCAGGCCUUGGUUCAUCAUUUCCUAAUUCAACAAGCCCACCUGAUGUAGAUUCCCCUAUCUUUCAAGUCUCCUCUCAUGUACUGAGCCCCAGUCAUACACUGCCGAUAACAAUUCCGACAGUGGGUGAAAAGAGGCUUAUUGAUUGGGAACCUGAGGACUCUGGAUUUGGAACCAAAGAAAUAUGUCACAGUGAAGGAACAGAGAAUUUUUACCACACUAAGACCUGGAAAAUGGAGGAUUUCCUGAAGAAUUUCACACAGCUAUUACUUUUACCAAAACAUUGCCCAAGAGGCUGGGAGACCUUGAACAGAAAAAGCUUGCAUGAAACUAAAGGAGAGGACAGAGGAUAUCUGAUUGAGAUCCAAGACUUAUUUAACCCAAGCCCAGAUACCCAGGAAGAGCCUCAAUUAGUCAUAUUACAGGGAGCUGCUGGGAUUGGGAAGUCAACGCUGGCCAGGCAGGUGAGGAGAGCAUGGGGGGAAGGCCAGCUCUACAGAGAUCGCUUCCAGCAUGUCUUCUACUUCAGCUGCAGAGAGCUGGCCCAGUGCAAGCAGCUGAGUCUGGCUGAGCUCAUAGCAAAAGAUCAGACUGUGCCUGCAGCUCCCAUCAAAAAAAUCCUGUCUCACCCUGAGAAGCUGCUCUUCAUCCUGGAUGGCAUAGAUGAGCCAGCAUGGAUCUUGGAAGAGAAGAAUCCCGAGUUAUGUCUACACUGGAGCCAAAAACAGCCAGUUCACACACUGCUGAGCAGUUUGUUGGGGAAAACUGUCCUAUCUGGGUCUUUCUUGUUGCUUACAGCUCGGACCACAGAUCUGAAGAAGUUCAUCCCUUCUUUCAGGCAGCCUUGUUUGAUAGAAGUCCUGGGUUUCUCCAAGUCUGGACGGAAGAAAUACAUCUACAAAUAUUUUGCAAAGAAAAGAGAAGCCACUAAAGUUUUUAAGUUAGUUGAAACAAACCCAGUGCUCUCAGCACUGUGUGUGGUGCCCUGGGUGUCCUGGCUGGUCUGCACUUGCCUGAAGCAGCAGAUGGAACAGGGGGGAGACCUCUCACUGACUUCACAGACCACCACAACCCUCUGCCUGAAAUACCUUUCCCAGACUCUUCCAGGUCAUGUCCUGGAAACACAUCUCAGAGAGUUAUGCUCACUGGCUGCUGAGGGGAUCUGCAGAAGAAAGACCUUGUUCAGUGAGAGAGAUCUUCAGAUGCAAAGGUUAGGUAAAAAUGUCAUUACCACUUUCUUGAAGACAGGUAUCCUUCAGAAGCAGCCCAGUUCUCCAUGCUACAGCUUUGCCCACUUGUGUCUCCAGGAGUUCUUUGCAGCAAUGUCCUGCAUCUUAGAGAGAAUGGAUAUCUACAGAGUUGUGGAAACACUGAAGGAAGUCUAUGGAAGAUAUGGCCUGUUUGAGGCACCCACUAUGCGCUUUCUAUUUGGUCUUUUAAGUCAAAAGGGAAUGAGAAAAAUGAUGAAGAUCUCUUCGUAUAGGUUGCCUUGGAAGACAAGGUUGUACCUCCAACGGUAUAUCCUGGAUGAAACUCUACACCAUCAGUUAUACUCUCUGGGUUUACUCCAUUGUCUGUAUGAGAUGCAGGAUGAGGAUGUCCUGAAAGAAGUGAUACAUAAUUAUCAAAAAACAAGUGUGCAUAACCCAGUGGAUAUGGCGCGCCUAGUGUUCCAGACAGGAGUGAAGUACAUGGUGGUCCAGACAGAUAUGGACCUCAUGGUGGUCACUUUCUGCAUUAAGUUCUUCCACCAUGUGAAGAGGCUUCAGAUGAAUGCAGGUGGACAGCAGAGAAAAAUCUCGAAGGCACCCAGGAUAGUUCUGUCCAGGUGGACCCCGAUUACUAAUGCCAGUUGGCAGGUUCUCUUCUACAUGCUUGAGUUCACAGGAAACCUGAAGGAGCUGGACCUAAGUGGAAACCCACUGAGCUACACUGCACUGCGGAGUCUUUGUAGGACCCUGAGAUGCCCUACAUGUCACCUAAAGACAUUGUGGCUUGUCAACUGUGGCCUCACAUCCAGACACUGUGAGGACCUGGCCUCUGUACUCCAGUCCAGCUCCAGCCUGACUGAACUAGACCUGCAGCUGAAUGACCUGGGUGACCAUGGUGUGAGGCUGCUAUGUGAGGGGCUCAGGAAUCCUGCCUGCAACCUCAGAAUCCUGCUUCUGGACCAGGCCCCUCUCAGUGAGCAGGUGAUGAUGAAGCUCAGGGCCCUGGAGGCAGAGAAUCCACAGCUGCUCAUCUCCAGCACAUGGAAUCCACGUGUGAUGGACCCUACUACAAAAGUGGAUAAAGAAGAAAUGGGUGAUUACCUGACCUCAUUAAAGCAGCAACGACUACAGUUGGGACACAAGCACACGGAACCACUGGGGACUGACGAUGACUUCUGGGGCCCUACAGGGCCUGUGGCUACUGAGGUGGUUGACAGAAAGAGAAACCUUUACCGAGUUCAGUUUCCUGUGCCUGGUUCCUAUCACUGUCCAAACAUGGGACUCUGCUUUGUGGUGACAAGGGCAGUGUCCAUCGAUAUUGGAUUCUGCACCUGGACCCAACACCUGGAAAAGACUCCCUUGAAGUACAGUCACAUUGUGGCUGGGCCUCUGUUUGACAUCAAGGCUGAGCAGGGAGCUGUGGCUGCUGUGUACCUCCCUCAUUUUUUGGCUCUUCCAGAGGAACAUAUGGACAUCUUCUUAUUCCGUGUGGCCCACUUUCAAGAACAUGGGAUCGUUCUAGAAAUUCCAGCCAGGGUGGAGCAGCACUAUGCAGUACUGAAAAAUCCAAGCUUCUCCCCUGUGGGAAUUCUAGUGAGAAUGAUCCCUGCUUUUGGACACUUCAUCCCCAUCACUUCCAUCACACUGAUCUACUACCACCUCAAUCUCAAGGAGGUCACCCUUCAUCUGUACCUGAUCCCCAACGACUGCACCAUCCGGAAGGCCAUUGAUGAAGAAGAAAUGAAGUUUCAGUUUCUUCGAAUAAAUAAGCCACCCCCAGUAGACUCUCUUUACAUAGGCUCACGCUACAUUGUGUCUGCAUCUAAGAAGCUGGAAAUCAUCCCAAAGGAACUGGAGUUGUGCUACAGGGGCCCCAGGGAAUGCCAGCUCUUCUCAGAGAUCCACGUUGACCAUAUGGGUUCAGGGAUCAAGCUGCAAAUCAGAGACAAAAAGAAUAAGAAUCUCAUAUGGGAAGCUUUGUUGAAACCAGGGGACCUCAGACCUGCACCAGCCAUGAUUGCUGCAGCCCUCAAAGAUGCUGACGCCAGGAUACAUUUUGUGGACCACCAUCGGGAGCAGCUGGUGAAACGAGUGACAUCUGUGGACCCUCUGUUGGACAAGCUGCAUAGUCUGGUGCUGAGUGAAGAGGAGUAUGAGGCAGUAAGGGCUGAGGCCACCAACCAAGACAGGAUGCGGAAACUCUUCAGCCUCAGCAGGUCCUGGAGCUGGGACAACAAAGACCAAGUCUACCGAGCUCUGAAGGAGACCCAUCCUUACCUGAUCAUGGACCUCUAUGAGAAGUCAGGAAGUGUCUCUGUAAGAUCCUGACAUCUUAGUGGCUGAGGGGUGAGCACUCAAAUGAUUCCUGGCUAUGCUUGACUUUCCUUUGGCCCUAAGUUUCUCCAUGUAUAACCCAGUGGCCAUCUGAGUUGCUUUUCUGAUAGAACUGUUUUUGAGACACCUCUUAGGGACCCAGAUGUUCCCUCUUAGUCUUCCCCAGCCAGAUGUUUAUGUGGGAUGAGCAUCUCAAUAAACUUGCAGUGGAGCCGGCAAGUUUACUCAGGCCUUAUCCAGCCUUUUUUUUUUUUUUUUUUUUUUUUUUUUGGUUUUACAAGGCAGGGUUUCCCUGUAUUGUUUUGGAGGCUGUUGGUUCAGCCCAGCCUCGAACUCACAGAGAUCCACCUGCCUCUGCCUCCCGAGUGCUAGAAUUAAAGGCAUGCGCCACCACUGCCCGGCCAGCCUUUUCUUAUGGCUUGAGUUGUCCAUCUUAUGCCCACGAGAUCAUGGUACAAGCAGGACUGGGAAGCUUGGAAUGGAGACAACCAGAGGAUAUUUUCCCUGGAAACUGAAUGUCUUAUGAAUAGGAAAGGAAAGUGGGUUCACAAACUUUUCCAUCCUCAGUUUGGGUUUUCUUUGUUGAGUCUAAUUACAUUUUCAAGUCUUGAACAAUUUUAUUCAUUUUCUUCCACUGUUUGUGCUUUUUCAGAUUUUUAUAAAAGGGGUUUAUUUAUUUCCUCA